CGGCAGCAGGGCCCCGACGUAGCGUGGCGGCGCGGCAGCCCGGUCCCGCGGGCGGAGGAUGGCGUGUCGCGGCGCCUGCUGCUGCUCCAGCGCGGGUCGCCUCAACGCGGACAACGCGCGCUUCCUCCUGCUGGCGGUGCUGAUCGUGCUGUACAUGCUGUGCGGCGCCGCCGUCUUCUCGGCCAUCGAGCUGCCCACGGAGCGGGAGGCUAAGGAGCGCUGGGAGGAACGCCUGGAGAACUUCACCCGGCGCCACAACCUCAGCCGUGCCGAGCUCCGGCACUUCCUCCGGGAAUACGAGGAGGCGAGCGUGGCCGGCAUCCGUGUCGAUGAUAUCCGACCCCGAUGGGAUUUCACCGGCGCUUUCUACUUCGUGGGCACCGUCGUUUCUACUAUCGGGUUUGGUAUGACCACCCCAGCCACCGUUGGAGGCAAAAUUUUUCUGAUAUUUUACGGCCUUAUAGGAUGUGCAGGGACCAUUUUGUUCUUUAACCUGUUCCUGGAGCGCUUGAUCACUGUCAUAGCUUACGUCAUGAAGUCCUGCCACGAAAGACAGCUGAGGAGGAAAGGGGUUCUCCCUCACAACAGCCGGCGGGGCUCAGGGACCUCUGAGGUGGACAGCCUGGCGGGCUGGAAGCCCUCUGUGUACUAUGUUAUGCUGAUUUUAUGUGUAGCAUCCCUCAUAAUUUCCUGCUGUGCCUCUGCAAUGUACACACCGAUUGAAGGGUGGAGUUACUUUGACUCACUUUACUUCUGCUUUGUGGCCUUCAGCACCAUUGGUUUUGGUGAUCUGGUCAGUAGCCAGAACGUCAGGUAUGACAGCCAAGGCCUUUACCGCUUUGGCAACUUUGUCUUCAUACUCAUGGGGGUGUGCUGCAUCUAUUCCUUAUUUAAUGUGAUCUCUAUUGUCAUCAAGCAGUCCAUAAACUGGAUAUUAAAGAAGUUGGCCUGCAAGUGCUGCCACAGAUGCCAAAGAAGAUUAUUUCGUUCACGGAGGAAUGUGGUAAUGCCAGGAAAUGUGCGCAGCCGGAGAAACAUCUCCAUUGAGACUGAUGCUGUCAAUGAGAGUGACACAGACGGACGCCGUCUGUCAGGAGAGAUGAUCUCCAUGAAAGACUUUCUGGCCUCCAAUAAAGUCUCACUGGCCAUCAUGCAGAAACAGCUGUCAGAAACUGCUAAUGGGUAUCCAAGGCAAAUGAGCUCUAAUUCGAAGCAAAAUGGAUUCUCCGGUGGAGUUGGAGCCCUAGCAAUUAUGAAUAACAGACUGGCAGAGACAAGUGUGGAUAGAUAAAAUAGCAACAGUAAUAGCAGUGAAACAGUGUGAACCAUUUCAACAGGUAUUGAAACAAGGUGAAUCAAGUGAAAUAGCUAGGGAGAGCGCACCACCAGAGGGUGGGAUGAUGUGAAGAGCAUACCUCCUGAUGAAAGACCUCUUGACUUUUUGGGGGGCUUUCACUUAAUGUUUUUGCAUUGUACCAGUCCUGGCCUUCCUUCUUUCCCAUAUUUCUGCUCCUCAAGCAGUUUACUGCAGGAGGAUUUUAAUUUAGCCUUCAGAUAAAAUUUCUAUGUCCUGUUCUUCCCCAGUAUGUGACAUACAGAUUUCAGGAUAAGAAAUCUGAGGGAUGGGAAGAAACCAAGUGUGUGUGCUGAACACAUUCUUAAUUCACAGAUUGUUUGGAGCUUUCUGUCUUACUUUCAUUCCUGUUUCCUGGAAGUGACUUAUCUGAGACCAAAAAAUGAAUCAGUCUUUAUGAUACUGCAGAUCUAAUUUAAUGGAAAAUAGUAUGCAAGUUGGCAGGUAUAUUCUGGAGGUAUUGUAAUGUGAAUGGGGAGAGAAUUUUGCCUUUAGAAUUUAUUUAGUCUUUCAUAUAAGAGGAUACUGUCAAAAGUGAUAGAAUAAAAAAUUAUCCUACUUUUGUUUCCUUUUCUUCAUUUUCAAAAUAUGAUUCUUUUCCAAGGAUAGUUUUUAUUCUAGAAUUGAAUCACUAUGGCUUUCUGUUUCAAAAAUAUCAAAUUAAAUUGAAAAUUGACUUACUGAUGAGUGGUACGAAUUAUUCCACAAUAGCAAUCAAAGACUUUCCAAAUUUUUGUUCCUAUUUGCCUCAAUUGUGACUGAAUAUUCAGCAUUGUGUAAUGCAACUAGUAAUUUAAGUUUACACAACAGGCUUUAGUAUGCAAUUAGAUUGUCAUGUCAGCAUCCAGGGUGUUAUUAUAAAUGACUGUGAUCACAGAAUCACUUUGGCAGUGUCCUUUUUCUCUUUCAUGUAACUCUGUCAUUCUUCAUCUGUUUCUCUGGUUUUCAGUGAUAAUAAUGACAGGGUCUUGAUUAGGGAAAUAGAAAAUGUUUUACCUCCUUGUUUUUCUCAAUGAAAUGCUCUGAGUGUUCAUUAUGACUACAAAGGAAAUUUCAAUGAGAAGAAUAAUAACAGUAAGAAGAUCAUGAAAAGAGGAAAAGAAGUGAUCUUUAAUGACAGUGAAAUCAUAUUUUGUAUUAGUUAGCUAGAGAAAUAAGGGAUUAAAUUAACAUAAAAUCUAGCAAAAAUUUAAGGAUGACUGGGCUGAAUUCCUGAUUCUUCUCUAAACAUGCAGCACAUUAAAGCUAAACAAUAUAUGAGAGUGUAAAUAAGUAGAAUUGUUCACAAAGGACCCCAUCCCCUGGAAAGGAUAGUGUAUGCAUCAGGACAAAAUGUUUUCUCACAGGUGGAAAGCUUUUCAGAAUAUUUCAAUAUUAGGAAAUUUAGAACAUCGUUAUAUAGUUCUCUCAUAAAGAACAAUGCAGAUAGCCUCUCCAGUUUAAUUAGUAUUAGGAAUUUAUAUCAUAGCCUUUUUCUUAAUUCUGGCCUAAAGUUCUUUUACUUACAUUUCUAAUAUUGUAGAAUAACAUUUUUAUACUAAUUUUAUCAAUAUUUGAAUUUGAAAACAAAAGCUUGGAAUCCUUUCAUAUAAUAAACUAACCCCAGAUAUUCAACAAAUGUACCUAACUAGUGAAAAAAUUGCAAGCUCUUUUGACAUUAUUAGGGGUAAAAAUCCUGAUUUAAAGCCAAAUCUUGCUAUUCUUAGUUACAAGGAAAGCUUUAAGCUGAAGUUAUCAGUCCAAAUUCUGAAAUACGUCAACUCAUCUGUGAAGGAAUGGGGUAGUCUUAGCAGAAUCCCUUCAUAUUUGCAUCCAUGUAAAAUCUGAAUCAGCUUCCAAACCCUAACUUCUAUGAGAAAAGCAGUUUUAUUUGUUUUUGAUGGGGGCUUAUGUAUUAGCAGAAAUUGCCACUGAAUUAUUUCAGAUUAAAUUAUAAUACCAAGAUCCAUUACACUGUUGCACUUUUUUUUUCUUUAUUUUUUUUUUAAUCCCAAGACCUUCCUCGUCUCAAUCUUACUGAAUAAAAAUACUUGGCUAUAAAAACAGAGAAGUACUGCUCUGAAGCCUUCUUUCCAAAUUCAUUCAGAAACACCUUUGUUCACUGCCUGUAACCCUAGGAUCUCAUUGUUACCGAUGUAUUCCUCUGCUAGCUAUCAGAAAUAGUAUAGGACUUAACCCACUGCUUUAGCAGUCACUAAGAGGGUCUUCAGAUGGUUUCAAGACAUGAGACGGUUGUGUUGUUCUGUUCCAUUCUUUCUGGUAACCAGCCUUGGUUUCUCAUCACCACAGAGGAAUCUUUGUCAGCUAUUUUCAAUAGGUCUGAAAACAUCUAUGGUUAUGAAAGCAAGGGACUAAUAAAUAGACCUUAUCAAAGAGAUUUGACAAGGCUAUGAGGGAUCUUUGGUGUACGCUAGCUCUGUUUUCAUUGAUCAGCCCUGACCUUCUGCUCACUCAAGCACUGCCUUCUUCAUGACCCAGGUGUCAGGUGCAAGAUCACUUGGCUUUGUGGUUGGAUUUUAUGUCCGCUGAAGAUAACGAGGGAAUCGCUGCACUAAUCAUCUCUAUUCAGAUGUCAAUAGACAGAGAUGAAGGACCAGUAUAUUCUGUCCCUCUGCUAUCUUGUACCACGAUGUCAUUCUGUCCCUAAGAGACCUCUGACUUUGUCACUGAGUUCCCCUUACGGUAGCCACACUCAGCAUUGAAUGAUUUUGCCAAGGAGGCUGUGGAAUUCUUAGAGAAUAUCUGUGGAUAAAUUAGACUUUUAAGAUCAGAGAGAGAAAUUUCUGAAUACAGUCCCAUGGUACUACUACAGUUGUUUUUCUAAAGGCAUUGAAGAGAGAAAUCCCCAAAAAGUUCUGUUCAUAAUGUAGUAUCAAAAUAUUAAAUUUACAAAACAAGUGGAAAUACAAAUGUACACAUACCAAAAAAGAGCAGAAUUUAACAUGGGAGUGACAAAUGCCCAGCCAGUGUGAAAAGUAAAUUACACUAAAAAUACAGAUAGCAUCACAUUUCUCUCAUUUUUAAAGUAGCAAUGAGGAAUUUAAGGAGAUAGCCAGGGAUCUAUUUUCAAAGCUGUGUAAAUUUUAAUGCUGUAUUGCUUAACACUAAAAUCUCAAUCAACAAGACAGAAACAUAUUUUCAAAAGUACUGAGUUUCUCUGUUGCCUGCCAUGAAAUUUCAUGGUGGCUAUUGAGAUAUGAGGGUGAGGUUUUUAAGGCAAAAAUGUUUGGAGGAAAACCAUGGAUGCAUUGAGAUUCUGAAUGUGCACUUUAAAGGGCCAGGAGUACCACUGAAAUCAGUGGGUUAAACUGCAGUUUGCAGCCUGCCAGGCUGAAAAUCUGAAAAUGGAAGUCCGUAAUGGAAUAAUCAGCUGAAAUUUAAACUCAUAGUUGUGCAACUUAAUAAUAUCAUUAUUUAAUAUAACAUAUUGUGUAUAAUUAGUUUACAUUGAAAGGAAAUAUCUAGUGCUAACCAAAAUACAAUCAAAUAAAAGUAGAGGUAGCUCUUAGAGUUUUCUUACUAGUUUAGGUUUUGUAAAAUGUGUGAAUCAGGCACUUUGCUGGUAGGUGGGUGUGAAAGCAGUUACAUUCAUUUAUCUCCAUGAAGGACAUGGGCCUCUUUUUGCAAGGACAUGAAUAGACUCUGCAAAGGCAUUUAAUCCCUGCUGGAAGUAAAUUAACUUCCCACCACACACCGACUUUCAGUAGAAGUCAGGUACUUGAUUCCCUUAGCCGAUUUCAGGACUCCAGCCAUGUAUUAGGUUUUGAAUCUAAGAUGACCUGACAGUGUCCCUGAAAAGUUCAAACAGUUGGAGCAAAGUUUCAGUGCUGCAGCACUCUAAUAGCUGAAUUAAUUUAUCUAAAAGCAUUUUAUGGUGAGAGCUUUGCGUCAACCAAAUAACACAAAGAGUGUUCACAUUUUGUUUGAUUUAAUCUUGGCCUUUGUCAGUAUUAAUUAUAUUUGACACAUUUACAAAUUGAAGAACAAAGAGAAGGUUGGGCUAGGCAUAAAAAAUAAACCAGCUCCAUUUCUCUGACUGAAUUUUUCAAGAGAAAGGGGUCAGGUCGGGAAGAGAGCCUCUUGAUUAACAUUGUAUUUGACUAAAGUUUCUCUGGAGGUGGAGGGUAUGAAGUUGUUUGGAUGACUCCUCUCCAACAGCUGUGGAAGUGGAACUUUUGUGUGACCCCUUGAUGUCCCCACACUGGGAACAGAAUCUCAGUGAGCCUUAGCUUAGAGAAGGGUUAGCAGUUCCAAGCAAUACAGUUGGAAUCUUCUGUUGUUUUAAUUCAGGCUACUAACACUGGGCUAACACAGUGCUUUCUUAGAGUCUUCAAGAAGUAGUAAAAGUUAUUUUAUCUAAUUUAAUGUACAAACUGUGGAGAAUCACCAAGUGUUUUCUUUCCCUUGGGCAGAAAAUACUGCCAAAUACACAAGUACAAUGUGUCUGUUUGAGAAUGUUCAGAGUAGAUUUUUGCUUAAUCCAGGAAAUAAGAAUACAAUCCCUUCCCUACUCCUUAAUUUCCAAAUAUCCACUGGCAACAAUAUCUACACAAUACUCUGCUUAUUGCUUAGAAGGCCACAUUUCACUAGGAAAAUUAAAACCAUUGCUCAUCAAAGUGGACCAACAUUGUCUUAUUUUUUAUUAGAUUUAAGAGAAAAUGUGAAUACAAAGAAUGACACUUCAUGUCCAAGCAGUUAGAAGCUUGUUGAUAUAGACUGUGUUUAUAGAGCUGUUUUAUGUCAAAGCAGACAAAAAUCACCUCACUGCAGACUUUUAAGAACAGAAGUAAGUCUAAGAACAAUCUUGUGGAAUACAUACACUGUUAUAUUUUGUUUUUUUACAGUUUCACUUUGUGUCUUCUGUUUAAUUAUAUGAAAAUAUUUGUGAUAAUAGAAUAAACAUAAAUUUGCAAAGA